UCCCUCAACCCAAACAUGAAAACUAACUGGCCCAAAUCAUAGUUCUAUUACAAAACCCUAGCUGCUUAUUCAUAUUGCAGAGUAUAUGUUAUUUCGCCAGAGAAGCAGGCGGCCAUUGUUAACAUAAUCAAGCAGUCUUCUUUGCAAAACCUACAUUUGGAAGAUGGUCAGAGUUAGUGUCUUGAAUGACGCUCUGAAGAGCAUGUUUAAUGCAGAGAAGCGCGGAAAGCGACAGGUUAUGAUAAGGCCAUCCUCAAAGGUGGUCAUUAAAUUUCUCAUGGUCAUGCAGAAGCACGGAUACAUCGGUGAAUUUGAAUAUGUCGAUGAUCACAGAUCUGGGAAAAUUGUGGUUGAACUGAAUGGGAGGCUGAACAAGUGUGGUGUCAUCAGCCCUCGUUUUGAUGUCGGUGUGAAGGAAAUUGAACCCUGGACUGCGAGGCUGUUGCCAUCAAGACAGUUUGGAUACAUUGUGCUAACUACAUCAGCGGGUAUUAUGGAUCAUGAAGAAGCCAGAAGGAAAAAUGUUGGUGGCAAAGUUCUUGGUUUCUUUUACUGAGCUAAGCUUAUGGACCGUGAUGAAUACUGGAGAUGAUAGUCGCAUUUAUGACCUAUGUUUGAGUUUUGUUUCUUAGAACAAUUUUGAAUUGUGUGUUUUUUUUUUUUGGCUUAUAAUAUGGAGAGGUGGUAUUUGUGAGAACUUACUCUUCUCAGUCUAUGGGUUUGUGGAAUUAUGUCCGGGAAGGCACUUGCAGAAUUGAACAUUAAUGCAUGGGGAUUCUGUCAUGGUUUAUUUA